AUGAAGACAGACGCAGCAAUCAAUGGAGCCAACCGCAUCACCGUCGCUAACGCCAAGCGCGAGGAUCGUAGAUUCAAAUUUACCGACUUCUCGACGCCAAAGCACGACCGCCCCCAACCUGCUCAUGAUGUCAGCGGCACAGUUGCGGUCUCCCCGUUCAACUCUGCCUCUUCCUCCCCGCCAACAGCUGACACUGACCGCACUCUUGAACCCCCACUACCAUCCUCCUCCUUCUCCUCCAUUGUCUCUACAUCGGCUACGGCGGCUCCUGUACCCACCAUCACUGCACACAAACCUGACACACCAAACAAACAUCAACCUCCCACCCACCCACCCCCACCAAUAACCCCAGCAAUGUGAACUCGGUCCAUACCUGUCCCCAUUGAGACCGCAUCUUCAUAUAACGCAUCGGCCUGGUCGGUCGCCUACGAAUCCAACCCACGGAGACCGGCGAACCAGUGCCUGGAGCACCAACCCACACUCGUCGCACUCACCCCCACUGUUCACACUGCUCCCGCACAUUCACGCACCGUAUGGGCCUCUUCAGUCACAUACGUAUCCACGAGGUCGGAAUUAACCGCAAGCCCGACAUAACCGGCACCUCCUGCACAUCCACUAUGCAUAGGUCAACCCACACCCUGUCGCUCAGCACUUUCAUCACCAUCAGCUCCACCACACUCAGCACAUCUUGAACACCCACCAUGACUAGCCCAACGCGCACACCGUCAUCCAGCGUGUCCACCAUCAACAGCCCCACUACUGUCACCAUCUCUGAAACUGAUACAGACACCGUUGAAGCUUCCUGUUCACACUGCGUCGUACAUUCAGCUCACACAUCGACCUGAUCGGUCACUCACGAAUCCAUCGCAUAGAGACGGGAGAACCAGUGUCUGCAGCACCAGCAUACACAAGACUUAACUGCCCUCACUGCACUCGCACAUUCACCCGCCGCAUGGGCACUCACAAAAACCUGCGGUAGACAACCGUCGGCUACGCAACACCAGCGCAGCCUCCCCUUGCCAAAACCUGCAUCAAACAACAUCAUCACCUACCACAAGCAUCCUACUGACACCUUCACGCAAGUGGGGAGGGCACGUCUCGGCUCCGUCUCCAUGCGGCUUCUACUGCAUGUGUGAAUCGAGUCUGAGGCUAUCACGGCGUGUAAAGCGCUGUGGCUUGGAAGGCUGCUGAAUGACGCCCCAACUCAUUUGUCUGUGUGUCUGUUCUGAGUGGCGGAUUGGUGUGCUGAGAGCCAGGCUGUUACGGCUUCUUCUUAACAUGACCUACAGCACUCUCACGCAUGUGAGAUGUAUGUAUGAGGUGGUGGUGGUGGCGGUGGUGGUGGUAGUAGUAGUAGUAGUAGUAGUAGUAGUAGUAGUAGUGGUAGAAGUAGUAGUAGUAGUAGGAGUAGUGGCAGUAGUAGUAGUAGUAAUAGUAGUAGUAGUAGUAGUAGUAGUAGUAGUAGUAGUAGUAGUAGUAGUAGUAGCAGUAGUGGCAGUAGUAGUAGUAGUAGUAGUAGUAGUAGUAGUAGUAGUAGUAGUAGUAGUAGUAGUAGUAGUAGUAGUAGCAGUAGUAGUAAUGGUGACAGUUGUGGUAGUAUAAGUAAUGUGGGUGGUAUUAGUAGUAGCAGCUGGUCGUAGUAGUAGUAAUAGUGGUGGCAGUAGUAAUAGUAGUGGCAGUAGUAUCCGCAGCAGUCGUAGUUAUUGUAGUAGUAGUAGUAGUAGUAGUAGCAGCGGCAACAACAGUGGUGGUGGUGGUGGUGGUGGUGGUGGUGGUGGUGGUGGUGGUGGUGGUGGUGGGCCGAGCACUUCCGAGGCGUCCUCAACCGCCCUUCCGUCAUCUCCGACGCCGCCAUCGCCUGCUUGCCGCAAGUGGCGACCAACGUGGACCUCGACCUCCCGCCAUCUCUCCAGGAAACGAUCAGAGCCGUGCAACAGCUCUCCAGCGGGAAAGCACCCGGAUCGGACGCGAUCCCUGCUGAGGUCUACAAGCACGGAGGUCCCCUACUGAUGGAUCACCUGACUGCGCUCUUCCAGGAGAUGUGGCGUCAAGGUGAAGUCCCGCAAGAUUUCAAGGACGCAACUAUCGUGCACCUAUAUAAGCGAAAAGGGAAUCGCCAAGUCUGCGACAAUCACCGCGGCAUCUCCCUACUGGACAUCGCCGGGAAGAUCUUCGCUCGCAUCCUGCUCAAACGCCUCAAUAACCAUCUGGAACAGGGCCUUCUGCCGGAAAGCCAAUGCGGCUUCCGUCGUCAUCGUGGGACCACGGAUAUGAUCUUCGCCGCCCGCCAACUUCAGGAGAAGUGCCAGGAGAUGCGGACCCACCUGUACUCUACCUUCGUGGACCUGACGAAAGCCUUCGACACGGUGAAUCGUGAAGGACUGUGGAAGAUCAUGCAGCAAUUCGGCUGUCCGGAGCGAUUCAAUCAGAUGGUGCGUCAGCUGCACGACGGUAUGAUGGCGCGAGUCACGGACAACGGAGCUGUCUCAGAGGCAUUCGCAGUGACCAAUGGAGUGAAGCAGGGCUGUGUGCUGGCACCAACCCUCUUCAGUCUUAUGUUCUCUGCCAUGUUGAUGGACGCCUACCGCGACGAACGCCCCGGGAUCCGCAUCGCCUACAGAACGGACGGUCAUCUCCUGAAUCGCCGGCGAAUGCACUUCCAAUCGCGCGUAUCCACAACCACCGUGCACGAACUCCUCUUCGCCGACGACUGCGCCCUGAACACCACCUCCGAAGCGGAGAUGCAACGCAGCAUGGACCUAUUCGCCGCCGCCUGCGAGAACUUUGGGCUGGUUAUCAACACGCAGAAGACGGUGGUGAUGCAUCAACCGCCACCCAACUCAGUCACAGCCCCCAACGCGCCGCAAGUCAACGUGAAUGGGACUCAACUGCAAGUGGUGGAGAAAUUCCCGUACCUGGGCAGCACCCUCUCACGCAGCACGAAGAUUGAUGACGAAGUCGCCAACAGGAUCUCGAAAGCCAGUCAAGCCUUCGGUCGCCUCCAAAGCACAGUUUGGAAUCGUCAUGGUCUUCAACUAAGCACAAAGCUGAAGAUGUACAAGGCCGUCAUCCUGCCGACGCUACUGUAUGGGGCGGAGACUUGGACGGUGUACACGAGACAGGCACGCCGACUGAACCACUUCCAUCUCAGUUGUCUUCGUCGCAUCCUGAGGCUGAACUGGCAGGAUCGAAUCCCCGACACGGAAGUACUGGAACGAACGGGAAUCCUCAGCAUCUACGCCACACUGAGACAAAUGCAGCUGCGCUGGAGCGGCCAUCUGGUGCGCAUGGACGACGAGCGACUACCCAAACGACUCUUCUACGGAGACGUCGCGACGGGUUCUCGUCGUCAAGGAGGCCAAAUGCGCCGUUACAAGGAUACCCUGAAGUCCUCCCUGAAGCGCCUGCAAAUCAACCCGACCAACUGGGAAGAGCUCGCCCGCGAUAGUCCGACAUGGAGGAGAACAGUGAAGACGGGCGCUGCUAUCUACGAAGUCAACCGCAUCGCCGCCGCCAAAGCGAAACGCGAAGCCCGCAAAUCACAACUUCGUCCAAUACGCAACGCCGCCGCACAACCUCUCCCUACGUGUCCUCGAUGUCAACGGACAUUCCGGGCACGUAUCGGACUUGUUGGACAUCUUCGAACAACUGCACCUCUCGAACUGCUCCAGCCAUCGUCCCCCAGCCCGCCGUUUCCUCGUCCUCUGUGCCGCCAACUAACUCUGACACUCCUUCUGCACCACCACUUCCAUCCUCCUCCUUCUCCUCCACUGCCCCAGCGGUGGCCGUUCAGGCUGCCGUCUCACACAUCGCCAACCACGACACAACAACCGCAACCACCCCCACCCCUCCCGAUUCCAGUGAUGAGGAUCAGGACUACACCUGCCCUCACUGCGACCGCACCUUCACCUCACACAUCGGCCUGGUCGGUCACUUGCGAAUCCAUCGCACAGAGACUGGCGAACCAGUGCCUGGAGCACCAACCCACACCCACCGCACUCGCCUCCACUGCCCACACUGCCCUCGCACCUUCACGCAUCGCAUGGGUCUAUUCGGCCACAUGCGCAUCCACGAGAGCGGAAUUGACCGCAGCCUUGACACACCCACCCCGCCGGGCCCCACUCCCAAUCCACCACCUUGUGCACCCACUAACCACUCACCAGCCGACAUCGACGCCACCGACCUUACCACCCCUCACUCCUCCCCUUCCUCCAUCACUGCCACAACGACGGCCGCUUCGGCGUCUGUCGCCCACGACCUCACCACAGCCGAACCUGAGACAACAACAGGCACAACCGCUGCAACAUCCAUCAUCAGACGUGAGGGCCGGGACUACAUCUGCCCUCACUGCGAUCGCACCUUCACUUCACGCAUCGGCCUGGUCGGUCACUUGCGAAUCCAUCACACAGAGACUGGCGAACCAGUGCCUGGAGCACCAACCUACACCCACCGCACUCGCCUUCACUGCCCACACUGCCCUCGCACCUUCACGCAUCGCAUGGGUUUAUUCGGCCACAUGCGCAUCCACGACGACCUGCGGUAG